AUGGCUGAGCAGCAGUGGCCCGGCGCCGUCGUGCGCAAGACUUUCUUCGACUUCUUCGAGAAGAGGGGCCACACCAUUGUGCCCUCCUCCUCCGUCGUCCCUCACAAUGACCCCACCUUGCUCUUCACCAAUGCGGGCAUGAACCAAUUCAAGCCCAUUUUCCUCGGAACGAUCUCCAAGGCCGAUCCCAUGUACACUCUGAAGCGUGCGGCCGACUCUCAGAAGUGCAUUCGCGCCGGCGGCAAGCACAACGACCUUGACGAUGUCGGCAAGGACAGCUACCACCACACUUUCUUCGAGAUGUUAGGCAACUGGUCUUUUGGCGACUACUUCAAGAAGGAGGCAAUUGAGAUGUCCUGGGAGCUUCUCACCAAGGUCUACGGACUCGAUCCUGCUCGUCUGUACGUCACCUACUUCGAGGGCAACCCUGCCAUGGGUCUUGAGCCGGAUCUGGAGGCGAAGAACCUGUGGCUGUCUGUCGGUGUCCCCGAAGAUCACAUCCUGCCCGGUAACAUGAAGGACAACUUCUGGGAGAUGGGCGACCAGGGCCCUUGCGGUCCUUGCAGUGAGAUUCACUACGACAAGAUUGGCGGCCGCAACGCUGCGAGCUUGGUCAACAUGGACGACCCUAUGGUUGUGGAGGUCUGGAACAACGUUUUCAUCCAGUUUGACCGCCAGGCCGACAAGAGCUUGAAGUCCCUCCCCGCUAAGCACGUUGACACUGGUAUGGGCUUCGAGCGUCUCGUCUCUGCUCUCCAGAACACCGUCUCCAACUACGCCACCGACAUCUUCACCCCCCUGUUCAAGAGGAUAGAGGAGGUUACUGGUGCUAGGCCGUACACCGACAAGUACGGCGCUGACGAUACUGACGGCAUUGACACUGCUUACCGUGUCAUUGCCGACCACAUUCGUCUCCUCACCUUCUCCAUGUCUGACGGUGCUGUUCCCAACAACGAUGGCCGUGGAUACGUCGUCCGCAGAGUCCUCCGCCGUGGUGUCAGAUAUGCCCGCAAGUACUUCAACGCCGAGAUUGGCUCCUUCUUCUCCAAGAUUCUCCCUGCGCUCGUUGAGCAGAUGGGUGAGCAGUUCCCCGAGAUUGUCAAGAAGCAGCAGGACAUCAAGGAGAUCCUCGACGAGGAAGAGGAGGCCUUCGCCCGUACUCUGGACCGUGGCGAGGCCCAGUUCGAGAAGUAUGCCAAGGAAGCUCUCAAGAAGGGCGAGAAGAAGCUCUCCGGUGCUGUCGUAUGGAGGUUGUACGACACUUUCGGUUUCCCUGUUGAUCUGACCAAGCUCAUGGCUGAGGAGCGUCAGCUCGAGAUUGACGAGGAUGAGGUAAAGGAGGCCCAGGAGAAGGCCCGCGAGGCUAGCAAGGUCGUCAAGAGCGCUGUUCAGACGUUCGCCAAGCUCAACGUCCACCAGAUUGCUGAGCUCGAGAAGGAGCUCAACGUCGCCAGGACAGACGAUGAGGCAAAGUUCGGCAAGGGCGAUGCCAAGAGCAAGGUGCAGGUCAUCUACGAUGGCAAGGGUUUCGUCAAGUCCACCAAGGACCUCGCUGAGAAGACCCCAUUGGGUCUGCUUCUCGACAAGACGAACUUCUACGCCGAGUCCGGUGGCCAGGUUGCUGACACUGGCCGCAUCGUCAUUGACGAUGUUGCCGAGUUCAAGGUUCUUGACGUUCAAAACUUUGGAGGGUACAUCGUCCACAACGGUUACCUCGAGUACGGCGCUCUGUCCUCCGGUGAUGAGGUUAUCUGCGAGUACGACGAGCUGAGGAGAUCUCCUAUCCGCAACAACCACACCGGUACUCACGUUUUGAACCACUCUUUGCGUGAGGUGCUCGGCGAUGACAUUAACCAGAAGGGAUCUUUGGUCGACAACGAGAAGCUGCGUUUCGACUUCUCGCACAAGACUGGAGUGACGAUCCCCGAGCUCAAGAAGAUUGAGGAGUUUUCCAACACCUACAUCAAGCAAAACGGCAAAGUCUACGCCAAGGAGGUCGACCUCGACCUUGCCCGCGGCAUCGAGGGUGUCCGCGCUGUCUUCGGCGAGACCUACCCCAACCCUGUCCGCGUCGUCUCCGUUGGUGUCGACGUUGACACCAUGCUCGCGAACCCCAAGAACCCAGAGUGGCGCAAGUACAGUGUCGAGUUCUGUGGUGGAACCCACGUUGAGUCGACUGGUCUCAUCAAGGACCUCGUCAUCGUCGAGGAGAGCGGUAUUGCCAAGGGUAUCCGCCGCAUCAUCGCCUACACCGGCGACGCUGCUCACCAGGUCCAGCGCGAGGCUGUUGAGUUCUCCAAGAAGCUGGAUGCCCUUGAGGCCCUGCCCUUCGGCCCCGGCAAGGAGCAGGAGAUCAAGACCACGCAGCACGCCCUGAACCAGCUGACCAUCUCCACCCUCACCAAGGAAGACAUCAAGAAGCGCUUUGAGAAGAUCGUCAAGGCCGUCACGGAUGAGCAGAAGAAGCGUCAGAAGGCCGAGGCCAAGACUGCCCUGGACACCGUCGUUGGCCACUUCGACAAGAACAAGGACUCGAAGUGGUUCGUUGGUCAGCUCCCCAUUUCCGCCAACGCCAAGGCUAUUGGUGAAGUUGUCAAGCACUUCCAGUCCAAGGACAAGGAGCGCUCUGUCUACCUGUUUGGCGGUAGCAAGGACGAGGGCGCGGUCGCCCACGGUGUCUAUGUUGGAACGCACCUUUCAUCCCAGGGUGUGACUGCUGAGCAAUGGGCUACCCAGGUGAGCGGAGUUAUUGGAGGCAAGUCCGGCGGUAAGGAGCCCGUCCGCCAGGGACAGGGUACCAAUGCGGAGAACAUCGAUGAGGCUGUUGCCACCGCUGAGAGGUGGCUCAAGGAGAAGCUCAACAUCUGA